CUAGAACUCUCUAAAGAUAACUUUUGUAUAGGCAUGAUUUUAUGUGCAUUUGAUCUGGGACAACUAGGACGACUCUCUAUACCCUAUAAUGUAUUUAAAUGAUGAAGUAAAGCGUCUUGAAAUUUAUAGUGUGGAUGAUAUUGAUACUUUUAUUUUCCAGAACGUCGAAAUAGAGAGAAAGGUAGUUUUGCCUGCUGGCGAAAAAUUUUGCCGCGAUGGUUCUCAAAGGUUUCGAUAUUCCGAGUCCUGGUGGCUCGAAAAGACGGGGGUUGCUCGAAUCCGCGCGAGGGCAUGGCGUUGAUGGGGCUCAUCAAGCAGGUUCAUCAUCUUCAUCUUCUAGUAAAUUAGCCGUGGACCAUGGAGCGCGCACUCGAUCAGGGGAAAUAGCAAGUAGGGGCACUGAAGAAGUUGAGAAGUAUCGUCAAAGUAGCACUUCUUCUAGCGGCGAAACUCCUGGUCAAGAAUGGCCAGGGACGACGAUGAGUGAAAAUGAUAAUCUGGCGUCAACAACCGAUGGCGCAUCACCCUCUAGGUCAUCAUUACCGUCAUCUUCGUCUGCGAGUUCUGCGAGUUUCCAGAGAAACUUGCACAGUGGUACUUCUGCCAUCGAAAAUAUGGAGAGUCUUUCUUCUUCACGUGCCACGAUGCGGGAAUUCGGUUCAAACGGAGAGAGAGCUUUAUCCAGGUCCGGAAGUACUGCACCGUUACUAAUGCAGGAACCUUCAGAUGAUAUACGACAGCUUCAGCCAGAACAGGUGUGCAUGACCACUGGUGAUAACCUUUCAGAGUACGACAAGCUGUGUCUUCAUUAAGGGUUCCCCUAAUCCAUCUCAUCAAGCAUCCUAGCGAGGCUUCUCGAGGAGAAAAGGGCCCUGGGAUGAAUCUCAAGAUGGAUAAGGGUGAGCUCUAACUUCAAACCUGCCACACCAUCAACGACGAAACUCAGCCUCGCUUUUACCAGUGGGAAGAGUAUUUUUUCGACUUGUUACAACUAGAACCAAUGCUUCAUACUACACGGUACAUAAUGCAGAUGAUUUUUAAGAAAAUAUAUGUACUUUCUAUUUUGAGGUUUUUCCUUCAUCAUUUACAUUUUCAUCAUCGAUUUGAAAUUCUAGCUUCUGCAAGAAAACGUCGCCGGACGCCGAUUGGAACGAAGACUGUCACGACUACUACGACUGUUUAUUGAAUUGCGACAUCUACAAAUUUCUCACGCGAAAUGGAAAUCUGGCGGUUGUAUUCAGCUACGUGAGUGCAUUUCUACUCGAAGUGUUCAAUUGUGCUAAAUCAAUGUAUAGACUUCCUAGCUUCAAAUAACGAUGGCGAAUCAAUAUCAAAGAUCAAAGCCGUCAGAUAAUAUGAAAUAUCGAACAGACCGCCAUCUUCAACAACACCGAAACACGUAGGCAUCAAAGCGGCCCGACCUGUUGGAGAAGAUGAACCCAAGGUCUAUUUUUUAAGGGUUAUCCAAUUGCAUCCUGCACUAGCAUCUAACUCUUUCGCCACUAAGAAAGAAAUCAAGGUGGAUGAUCUGAAGAAUGUAAUCGCGCAACCUCUAAAACUCAGAUGGUGAGGAGAAGUGUGACGCUGAGAUGUGUCGCAGUUAUUGUGUCAGGCAAACGCUGCCAACUUGCCGCGAGUUAGCGUUUGAGGCGGAAUGUGAGGCAACGAAGCGGACGCAGCGUUUGAUGCGCUGUGACACAGACUGCAGUUCUGCAACUCGAAUUUUUGGAAGUACUGUUAAGCAGGGAGAGUUACAGGUAAAAUAGAUAUUUAGCCAUCCGCAUCUUCUUGCGAAAUGUUGGUAUUUCUGGUUUUCUAUAAUUGUUCUGUGGCACAAAUACUUUGUUAAAUGACGGGGACGCAUUGUGUUUGUGGACGUACUCACUCUGUCAUGCAGCAAGCUAGUGAUCGCAUCAUCCUAUCCUUGCUUGUAAAGAAUGGAAAAAGGCCCCUCUUGUAAACCUCUAACGCCGGUGCUGGCGGGAUGAUGUUCGUGCUUUGCUGGUGGUGGAUUUUGAUGCAUUAUUGUGGGGGAGCGAGGAUCUUCUGCGGCCGUUCAGCGGGGCGAAGGUGAUUGUGGCGACGAUAGGAUCCGUAAGGUUAGAGAAUGAAUCUAUUGCGCUAAGAAAACCAUUACAAAAGAAAUACUCACAACGCAUACGUAAAUACAUUUAUAGUUUCCUUUCAUGCCCUUCGGAUUCGGUAAAGCUAAAAUUUGUGAUGGUGCAAACCCUAGUAACACCUGUGAUAUGAUCAACAAUUUGUUAUGGUAGAAGGAUGGGUGUGUGAUUCAAGUUGGCUCAGCAUAUACGCCAUCGCCAUGUACUAGCAGUAUUAUAGUACCACAAACGAGUAUUGCAUUAUUGUUAUAGUAAGUAAUUUUUUUGGGUUUGAACAUAGGUCGGAAUUUUUCGUUCUUCUGGUUCUGAUUGCUGGUAAAUUAGACGAGGAUGCAUAUCAUGAAAUGAAGGAGAACCAAGAGGAACGCUCGAUUUGCGUCAAAUUUUGCCAACAGACAGAAUUGUCGAAGACGGUAACCGAGAAUACAUGAAACGCUUUGUUUUGCAAUAGUUGCUGAUCUCUGUACAGGAUGCCUGACACAGGAAUUUAUGUUGUAAGAACUUUCGCACCCCCUAAUCUAUUAAUCACCGAUGGCCCAGCUGUGAACCGCCCUCAC